AUGUCACAUGAUAUCUUUCAAAUACUCGAUUGCAACCACACCAAGUUUUUGCAACGUUAUACAGAUCAAAACGAUGAAAACUUGACGAAGGCAGACGUUUUUCGGCAGAGCUUGGAAUGUAGAAACCUGCUACAACAAAUCAACGAUAUAUGUAACAGCUACACAUUAGGAAACAACUGGGUAUACUACCCGAAAAUAACCAGAGAAAAUGCAGCAAGGAAAAUCUAUGACUUCUUUUUACGAACCAGAAAUAGAAACAUAUACGCACAAACUAAAUCGAUGCUUUACAAGCUUUCGAGAAAAGAUCCCCUAAAAGUACUUGAGCUAGUAAAUACUUCUCACGCUGAACUUUUUGAGAAAACGAUGUGUAAGCUUGUUUUUAGGCUAGAUGGAAUCAAUUUUCCGCCAAGUAUUGUGUACAAGAUUUUCUCAGAAGGUCGACAUAUCACGUUGCAGAGCAGAUUGUACAGAAACAUGGUUAUUGUGAAUGGCAACUUAGGUUGGUUUAUCUAUAGUGUUUACAAAUGUAAUUCGUGUAAAAGUAAAGUGAAAGUUAAGUCGAUGCAUACGAAAAAAAGUAAAAAGAAGGUAAAAGAAGAUCGGCAAAUUUCGUGGAUUAAUCAGAUGUAUGGAUAAGUUGAUUUAACUUAAAAAUAUGUCAAACUACAAAGUUCAAACUACAGUUAAACCUAAACGUCUGCCUAUUCUCGG